UUUCAGUUCGACGGAAACAGAAACUUGAAAACAACGCAAAUUUGAGUUGUCAAAUCCAGUCCAAAUAUUUUCCUUUCUUCUUCUUCUUCUUCUUCAAAAUGGACGAAUCCGAAGGCCUCGCUAUCAAAGCCCUCGGUUCUCUCUUCAAGCUCACCCAAGUCUUUCUCUGGGACGAUGGUGUUACUAGACGCUUUGUAACUAAAUCAGCUGAAGAUGAUGAUAACAACAACGAGUCAAAUAUUCUUUCCACAGCUACUGAUUAUGGCAUUUUGCCGGAAGAAACGGAGCUGAGUGAACGGAUGAACGCAUUGGGGCUGCCUCUUUCGUUCCACACAAACAAGGAGAAGUGGAAUGGAAUGGGUACAGGCAAAAGAAAGGGUACACGCAUGAAGCAUUCUAAAAGCCAUCAAGAUAUCGAGGAUGAUGCACUUGAAUUAUCCAAAGUGAGUGAGGGGGAGAUUGUAUCUCCUACUAUAUUUCAUGAUAAUACAAGCAGUUCUUUAUGUUCUAUGUCAAUGCUGGGCCAAAGUGAAUCAUCUAAUUAUGAUGUUGCAGUGGAUGCCAAAAUAUCCCAAUGCCCCUCUGGUGGAGGAGAUAAUUUAGCAAGUUCAACUGGGAUCACUGGUGAAGCUGACAAGGAACAAGUUUUUGUUGGAAGAUCCGACAUUGUGUCUAAUGAUUGCCAGGAUUGUGACUCUGUACACGGUUCUACUGUGUUCAAGGAUGACGUGAAAAAUUCAGCUAAUUUGACUAACUUGGAUACUGGACCUCCUGCUGUAAACCCUUUGCCAGAUGCUAGUUUUGACCAUGAUAAGAAACACUGUGAUGGAAGAUUACUGGAGUAUGAACGUUUAGAAUGUUUAUCAGCUGCUUACCAUGAUAUAGAACAUGAGAAAAAUUCAAAUGAUAAUGGCACCGAGCAGUCAUUUGUCCCUGAUUCAGUUGUAUAUACCCCUUUGUCAAAAAUGCUUGACCAUGAUAGAACCGACAGCUUUGAAUGCAAUGACGAUCUUGGGGACUGGACGGUGUUUUGGGACUCCUUUUAUAAGAGAAACUAUUUUUAUAAUAUCAAAACAUAUUCUUCAACAUGGAACCCGCCCCCAGGCAUGGAACAUCUAGAAUAUGGUGACAUUAACAACAAGUCGAACGAAGAGUCUACUGAAGCAACUGAAAUGGAUGUUUGCCCUGUUGUAGAGGUAACUGAUUUGUGUACUCUGCAAACUAAAAUUGACUCAUUUGAGGAAUCCAUAAGUAACGGUAAAUUAGGGUGUCAGCCACCCGAUGAGCUCUCAGUGGGGAAUGGACAUGGUGCAGACAACUCUAUGUCUUGUGUGGAUGUAACUACUGUGAGUAGAAGUCUUGAGCAUACAGAUGAGCUUUAUGAGAUUAAUGGAAGUUGCAUUGAUGUAAAUACAUUGUGUUUGUUACCAAAUGCCCUGGAGCAUAUUGACAGCUUGAACAAUACAAUUACUGAAGUAGUUUCUGAGUCUGGUUAUAUGCCUUUGGGAAAUUUUGACACUGUAACAGAUAAGAUAGAUACCCAUGAUGCCCUCGUCAUGAAAAAGAAAAAAAAGAAAGUGAGAAGAACACGAAGACAAAGAAAUGUUUCCAAUGAUGAUGAAGAGCUUCAAUUUCAAGGAAUUCCUGGAGAAUUUUCUGCUGAUAUUGCCAAGUACUGGUGGCAGAGGUACCUACUUUUUUCCAGAUUUGAUAAUGGUAUAAAAAUGGAUGAAGAAGGAUGGUUUUCUGUCACUCCAGAGUCUAUAGCUAGGCAUCAUGCAUCUCGUUGUGGCAGUGGCAUCAUAGUUGACUGUUUUACUGGAGUUGGUGGGAAUGCCAUCCAAUUUGCUCAAAGGAGCAAACAUGUGAUUGCAAUUGAUAUUGAUGAAAAUAAGAUUGAUUAUGCACAUCACAAUGCUGCUAUCUAUGGAGUUGAUGACCGCAUUGAUUUCAUAAAUGGAGACUUUUUCAGUUUGGCACCCAAACUGAAGGCAGACACAGUUUUUCUAUCACCGCCUUGGGGGGGACCUGAUUAUACUAAAGUGAAGACAUAUGACAUCAAGACAAUGCUAAAGCCACGUGAUGGAUAUUCUCUCUUUAAUACUGCAAAGGAAAUUGCUUCCAGACUAGUCAUGUUUCUCCCAAGAAAUGUUGAUCUCAACCAAUUGGCAGAGUUGUGUUUAUCUGCUCAUCCUCCAUGGGCACUAGAGGUUGAAAAGAACUAUUUAAAUGGCAAGUUGAAGGCAAUAACUGCUUACUUCAAUACUUCAGCAGUUGACAGUAAAUCAGCCUGAUCACUGAUGCACCGGUGGUGAGAUCAGAUGGUAGCUGAACUCCAUAUUAUAUGGACAUGGAGCACCUGUUAAAGUGGCUAUCUAGUUGUAGCCAUGGCGUAUGUACAAUUUUGUAAGUUAUUCUACAGCGUUUGUACAAUUUUGUAAAUUACUCUACGGACUGACUUUGGACAUUUGAUAGAUUAUGUAGUGCAAUAUUAGCCAGUGUUGGAAAGAUAUUUUCCAUAUAAAUUAAAGAAAUGUUAUUUUUCCUAUAAA